AUGUCUAAUAACAAGGAGAGCUCUCAUGCCGCCGAGACUCCCGUUUCGGCUCAUGAUGCGCAAGGUCCUGGCGUAACACCAGGACUUGGAAGUCCAGGUGUCCAGCGGAUCGAGGCUCUUUCAUCUCACCUACAUAUCCUUGACCGUGUGUUUCUCUUCUGUGGAGUUUUCCUCAUUGCCUAUGUCUACGGCCUCGAUAGCCUAUUGCGGGGCACUUAUCAGCCAUACGCUACGGCAUCAUAUGAAUCACAUAGUGUGUUAUCGAGUGUCGAUAUUCUCAGAGCGGUCAUUGCUGCAGCAGCGCAGCCGACUGCAGCUAAGAUCGCCGAUGUUUUUGGGAGAGUGGAGUUGAUUUUGGUCUCAAUAUUCUUCUAUACCCUUGGCACCAUUGUUGAGGCGUCUUCGAGUACGGUCGAGCAAUUUGCUGCGGGCGCUGUGCUUUACCAGAUUGGAUACACGGCUAUUAUUCUGCUCGUUGAGGUUUUGGUUGCGGAUGUCACGUCGCUUCGCUCUCGUCUGCUGUUUUCAUAUAUCCCAACACUUCCGUUUUUGAUCAACACUUGGAUUAGUGGAAACAUAACUGGGGCUGUGCUGAAAGUGACCACAUGGCGCUGGGGAAUCGGCAUGUUUGCGAUAAUCUAUCCCAUCUGCACUCUCCCUCUUCUCAUGGUUCUUUACAUUGUGUACCACAGAGCCAAGAAGGACGGUACAGUGGAUCAUAUCGCAGGCGCCUUUCGCACGUUGGGUGUUCGGCGCCUGGCGAUUGAGUUGUUUUGGCAACUGGACGUGAUUGGUAUUAUCUGA